AUGAAAGGAAAACUUAAAGGUGUUCAAGCCAGGCUUCUAGAAAUGAAACCAAAGGCUAUAUAUGUUCCAUGUGCAAAUCAUUCACUGAAUCUUGUUAUUGUUGAUGGUGCACUGUCAUCUAUCAGUGCAAUAUCUUUUUUUGGAGUUCUUACAAGAUUGUAUACCCUCUUUUCAUCGUCUCCUCCUCGAUGGGAAAUUUUAAAAUCGUGUGUGGAAAUUUCUGUCAAACCACAAUCAGAUACAAGAUGGGAAAGUAAAAUAAACUGUGUUAAACCACUUCGCUAUUAUCUGAAAGAAAUUUUAGAGGCACUCGACAGAUUGGAAAAACAUGCCUUUGAAAAGAAAGAUGGGGCAACAGCCACAGAAGUACGAUCUCUGAUUGAAUAUAUUAGGACAUGGCCUUUCUUAUUAUCAAUCAUUAUUUGGUAUGACGUUUUAUUUCAAAUCAACAAAUCAAGUAAGCUUCUUCAGUCUUCUACAACCUCUCUUGACAUAUUGGCUAGUGAAAUAAAAGCAACAAAUACAUUUCUUUAUGAGUAUUUCUUAUGA